GAUCAGCACUUCUUUGAGAAACUUUCUCUUUCAUUCUUUACAUACAGAAGUACGGACUGAGCGGCUAACUUCAAAGUUGACAUUUGCCUCAGUUGAUUAAGCAGCACCACUUACUUUGACUCGAGUCUCCCUGGUUGUCAUUUGUGUCCUGGGACUAUUGUCCUGGAACCAUAGAUCUCACACUUCACUACCAUAUCACUACAAUGCCGACACCGGAUCCUCAUCAAGAGCAAUACAAGCCAGCCCUCCUCGGACUUCCUAAUGAUGUCUUCGGUAUUAUUGUGACCGAUCUUGAUCGAUCAACUCUAGCGCGCCUCAGACGGACAUGCCAAGGACUUUAUGCCUCAUCACUCCUCGAGCAGGCAGUGUAUAGGAACCCAAUCACCAUAGAGGACUGGGACGACUCAACCCUCGCUCAAUGGGAGUUUUCGUCUGCGGGUCGCUCUAGAUGGGAACAAUUCAAGGACUCUGUCAACGACAGAAACCGCAACUAUGUCCAGAGCAUGGCUGUUUCGCACUGGUCGUCAUUGGAUGACUUUACCUGGAUUGAACAGAACCUCCCACAAGUUACAACACUUGACCUCAGCGACGUCAGAGAUUUCGUGUGGAACGUCGACCCAGACAAGUAUAGGCUGGACAACAUAUGGUCUUGGACAGAACUAGCUGAAACGUGUCUAGCCUUGUUUCUGCGCACCACCCAUCUCAAGCUCUUCGACUGGACAGACUUCAACGUACAUGAGAAAAUUCGAUAUCGGUAUUCUAGUAAAUGCGUCCCAGCGGGCUCGCCAUUCCGGCUGAGCCGCAGGGAAUCUCCUCAAGGGAUUCACACCGGUUCCGUUGCUGAUAUUCUGAACAAAAUCUGUCCUCGUCUAGAGAGACUGUCACUAACUUGUGCUUCAUCGCCAUCUGAAUGGGGUCAAGAUUCGGUGCACGAUUAUAUCUGCACCCUAGUCGACCCAAUCAUUAAACAUGCGCCUAGCACUUUGAAGCAUAUCCAGCUUCGUAACGUAUCAGCACCCCUCCGAACACUGAUCUCUCGACUUGCCCAAGGCUUGGCGACCACCGAAUCCCUCUCGAUCACCGUUGGUCUUGGAAAUUGGAUGCAAUGGAGUUGCGAGAGAAUGAAACAGGGUGUGUAUUCUCCGUUGACAAGGCAACCACGGUCUGGUGCCGUAGUCUUCCGUCAGUAUCCUAUCGAGAACUGUGACCGUGACCAUGAAAGCGAAGCUCGGCGCAUCGUAGACGAGUCAACCAAAAGUUUUGGUGACUUCCUCCGACAUAUGGCUUUGGUUCGCGAGGAAGACCCAAAGGUGCUGAUAGGCUCACACGAUAGACUUGAUGACUUGGCCGUGUGCCCGAUCAAUCUGGUGGAUGCCUUCGAGCCGAGCUUGGGUGAGGCCGAUGUUUUCGAGGAUGCCAAAGCUCUCGAAAGCAUUCACUGGUUGAGAGAGCGCAUGGGCUGGCGGCCGACAUUCUCCUGGGAUACGUUCAUGGAAGAUGGAUUUCCGCACGCUGAGCGAUGGAAAUUAUAUCCUGUGCAAUCCAGGACAUUCGCAGACGACAUCAUGGAUAAGGUGGCUUACUUGUUCCAGAACCUCCGAAAACAUGGAGUUCCGGUGAGUCUCAGGAUAGGAUACGACUACCAAGGAGGUCAGGGACCGUAUGUAAAGUCAGAAUUCUUCAGGCCGAUGCAGGCAUCGUCAGCAUGGAAUCGCAAGGAUUCUGGUUCUAAGCUGUGGCGCCAAUGCGAGGCCCGUUUCGGACUAUCACACAUUGCCGAUAUGGUCGACGAGCUCACGAUCGGAUACCAGUUUAACACCCCCGGCUUCAUGCAAGCACACCGCCGGCGCGUGCCCUUGGACCCGCGAGAGCUCAACGUGCUGACGCGCGAGAGUGACGGAUGGCGCAAGUUCUGGGCCCGCUACGCAACACGACUCCGCAACCUCAAAAAGCUGCGCGUCGUCAUCCCGCGCAUCAUCUUCGAAGACUGGGCCAUGAGCCCGGCCCUCCAGGCCCUGUUCGCGGACGACUCCUGGGACAUGCUCGACCUCGACCACGAAGUCAGAUCGCUCGGCACGCGCGCCGUAUUCGUCAAACGGAUCUUCUUCCGCCGCGGUCCGUACGGCGCCGAACCGCCUCCGCUCGACCUGCCGAACCUGAUCCCGUCCACAAACGCCCAUGUCCCCAUGAUCAACGAGACUCGCGGCUUCUACGACGACAUAGAGCUCUGCGACGUCGAUCCCGGCGCCGCUUUCUACGACAGAUUCUUCAAGCGCAGCGAGCGCUCGUCGUCGUCGUCGUCGAAAAAGAAGCGCAAGAGAGCGGCUACGCCUGUUACUGGGAACGGCGAGCCGAGUCUGAGCGAGGAGGAGAGGGCGGCCCGGAAGGCGAGGAAGGAGCUGAGUGAGUCUCGUAUCAAAUAUAUGGACUCCGUGCGUAAGAUGGCAGACGCGGACGCCAACGUGCCGUCUUAAAACAUGCUGCUUGCCUGCUUGUGUAUGUGUAUGAUGCCGCCGACUUGAUUUUGUUUUCGAAAAUUAGACACUCUUUUUGCUAUGACGUUAUACAUAGAUUUUAUAUAGAUUUCAGUAGAGGAUUCCAGUCUCCUCGAUCAUACUACUCUCUACUCCCU